AUGUGUAGGUUUUCCGCGCCAAAAUUAGACCGAUUAAAAUUCUCUGUUCAAACUGACUGUUUGCUUGUAUAUUAUGGCGCUGAGACGAGUUUGUGUGUGUUGGCGAAGAUACGGCAGUGGUUUGGUUGUGGAGAGACUGCAGAGGUAGCGGAGGUAGCAGCGGAGGCCGGGGACUUCCAGGGAGGUGUGGAGGACUUUUUUCCUGCUGAGGUCUUCAGGGGUGAACCACAGGCCAGUGGCGAGGAGGUUGUCAUGGUUGUAGGCGAGACCGAGUCGUUGGAUGAGGUCCCUUCUGUCAACCAGGUACCAGAGGUGGACCCUGUGGUGCCAGCCCGUCUGACUUCUUUCCUUGGGGAACGGGAGGAUCCUCAGUUUGCUGUGUCGGCUCAGCCUGAGGCAGGAACAGUUGAGGUUCCUGUACCAGAUGUGGCUCUGGUUCUUCCUGAGGUGAGUCCUGUUCAUGCAGCGGUUGAUUUGGUUCUUCUGAUUUUAUUUUUUUCACAUAAUUAUAUAUAUACUUUCAAAUGCAUCUAUACUUGAUUUACAUAUUAAUUUUCAUCUUUAGUCAGUAUAUACUUGUUCUUUUACGUAUUUGUUUUGUUUUCAAUUUUUGGUGUUAGUUUUAUUUUGUUUUCAGUUAAUUGUGUUGGUUUUAUUUUGUUUUCAGUUUUUGCAUUGGUUUUGUUUUGUUUUCAGUUUUUGUUUUUAUGUUAUGUUUUGUUUUCAGUUUUUGUGUUGGUUAUGUUUUGUUUUCAGUGUUUGUUGUUUAUUUACAUAUUAAUUUUCAUCUUUAGUCAGUAUAUACUUGUUCUUUUACAUAUUUGUUUUGUUUUCAGUUUUUGGUGUAAGUUUUAUUUUGUUUUCAGUUAUUGUGUUGGUUUUAUUUUGUUUUCAGUUUUUGCGUUGGUUUUGUUUUGUUUUCAGUUUUUGUUUUUGUGUUAUGUUUUGUUUUCAGUUUUUGUGUUGGUUAUGUUUUGUUUUCAGUGUUUGUUGUUUAUUUACAUAUUAAUUUUCAUCUUUAGUCAGUAUAUACUUGUUCUUUUACAUAUUUGUUUUGUUUUCAGUUUUUGGUGUUAGUUUUAUUUUGUUUUCAGUUAUUGUGUUAGUUUUAUUUUAUUUUCAGUUAUUGUGUUAGUUUUAUUUUGUUUUCAGUUUUUGCGUUGGUUUUAUUUUGUUUUCAGUUUUUGUGUUGGUUUUAUUUUGUUUUCAGUUAUUGUGUUGGUUUUAUUUUGUUUUCAGUUUUUGCGUUGAUUAUGUUUUGUUUUCAGUUUUUGUGUUGGUUAUGUUUUGUUUUCAGAUUUUGUGUUGGUUAUGUUUUGUUUUCAGUUUAUGUUGUUUGUUUAUUUAAUACUAUUGAAACACAAGUUUAUAUACUUUAAAGUGUAAUAUUUACUUGAAUUUAACAUUUACUUUAUCGUUUAAUUCACUUUAUCGUUAGUCAGUAUGUACUUUCUUUGUUCACAUUUUAUUUAUUCUUUUACUUAAAUUACAUGUUGGUAUAAGUAACUUGAUUUAAAAUGCUUUUAUAAGGCCAUAUUGUAAAAAUGAUAUGUUGUUUUUAUAAUCUAUUGUCAUUAUCAGAAGUAAAAGUUCAGCAUCACUUGCCCAGAAGUAAAAGUUCAGCCAUCAGCUUGCCCAGAAGUAAAAGUUCAGCAUUACUUGCCCAGAAGUAAAAGUUCAGCCAUCAGCUUGCCCAGAAGAAAAUGAGGUUCAGGAAAAAUGUGUUACGUCACUUAUCAGCACUGUAAUAUAAAGAUCUCUGUUAUACUUUCAACUUUAAAUAAAUACGUUCUUGAUUAUUCUGUGUGUAUUUUAGUAUUUUAUUAUGUACAUAUACAUAUAUACUUUCAAAUGCAUCUAUACUUGAAUUACACAUUAAUUUUCAUCUUUAGUCAGUAUAUACUUGUUCUUUUACAUGUUUGUUUUAUUUUGUUUUCAGUUAAUUGUGUUGGUUUUAUUUUGUUUUCAGUUUUUGCAUUGGUUUUGUUUUGUUUUCAGUUUUUGUUUUUGUGUUAUGUUUUGUUUUCAGUUUUUGUGUUGGUUAUGUUUUGUUUUCAGUGUUUGUUGUUUAUUUACAUAUUAAUUUUCAUCUUUAGUCAGUAUAUACUUGUUCUUUUACAUAUUUGUUUUGUUUUCAGUUUUUGGUGUAAGUUUUAUUUUGUUUUCAGUUAUUGUGUUGGUUUUAUUUUGUUUUCAGUUUUUGCGUUGGUUUUGUUUUGUUUUCACAUUUACUUUUUUGUUUAAUUUACUUUAUCGUAAGUCAGUAUAUACUUUCCUUGUUCACAUUUUAUUUAUUCUUUUGAAUUAUAUGUUGGUAUAAGUAACUUGAUUUAAAAUGCUUGCCCAGAAGUGAAAGUUCAGCUAUCAGCUUGCCCUGAAGAAAAUGAGGUUCAGGAAAAAUGUGUUACGCCACUUAUCAGCACUGGUGGACAGAGUAAAGAUUACAGGUUUACAAAAAUUGAAGUAGAGGUAUUUAUAUGUCUUUUUUUCUUAGUUCAGCUAUUCUUUCAGUUGUUUUGAUAUAUAAAUUUCCUAUUGUACUGGUUAUACACCUAUAUUUUUUAUAUUAUCUAAGGCUAUAUUGUAGAACGGAUAUGUUGUCUUUAUAACAUAUUGUCAUUAUCAGAAGUAACUAUCUGCUGUGGAACAGUUUCAGCCCUGAAGAAUGUGAGGUUCAGGAAGAAUGUGUUAAACCACUUGUCAGCAAUGACGGAUAGAGAAAAGAUUACAGGCUUUUAUAUAUGCAGGAGUUGAGGUAUAUGUCCUUUUUUUCUAAUUUCUUUUCUUUCAGUUAUGUUGACAGGGAAGUAAAUAUUAUCACAAGUUCAUAUAUACCAUUUUUUAUGAAAUAGGAACAAUUACAUGACCUAGAGUUUCAGUAAUUUCAACAUGAUAUAUGUUAUGUUGAUGUAUGUGCUUCAUGUUCUAUACAUUAUAUGUUUAUACUUGCACUUUAUGUUGUUUAAGUACUUGUUUAAUUCUAUUACUAAAGAUCA